AUGUCGAGAGUGUUUGGAACGCGCAAACGCGAAUUUGAACCCAACCUCAACAGUUCCGGACCAAUUUCGACAACUGGCGACAUGGCCAACUACCACGCUCUCCGCGCACAAAACAUGCAAAAGAAUAGAGAGUUGCUCCUCUCGCUUGGUUUGGACGAACUAAAGAGCUUUCCACCAGCAGCCGUCUCUGUUCCUGUCGUCAAAGCAAAGUCGAAACCCGCUCCCAAAGCUAAAAAGACCGAGCCACUGAAGCGAAAGCGAGACGAUGUGGAGGAUGCAAUGUCUGUAGACGGUGACUUCAAGGCAGCCAGGGUUGAUGCAGAAGGUCGGCGGAGGUCCUCUCGCAGAACAGCCUCUAUCAUCAACUACAAUGAGGACAACUCUGAUGAAGGUGACAAUGCGCCAGGUCGUUCUGUCACCCGACUCAAAGAACGUAAACAGGAUCCAAAACAAUUUGGACAUAUACCUGGUGUUCCCGUUGGUUCAACUUGGGAUAUGCGCAUACAGUGCUCUCAGGAUUCUGUUCAUGCCCCGACUAUCGCAGGAAUAUAUGGUAAUGCCACAGAUGGCGCAUACUCUAUCGCACUCUCGGGAGGAUACGAGGACGACGUUGAUCUUGGAUACGCAUUCACAUACACUGGAGCUGGAGGCAGGGACCUUAAAGGUACUAAAGAUGCACCAAAGAAUUUGCGAACAGGACCACAAACUAAAGAUCAGAGCUUUGAACACCCUCACAAUAAAGCGCUGUGUGUUUCGUGCGAUAAGAAGAAGCCAAUCCGGGUUAUUCGAGGCUACAAGUUGAAAUCCAUCUACGGACCACCUUCCGGGUAUCGUUAUGAUGGUCUCUACGUCAUUGAACAGUACUGGAUGGAAACGGGGCUCAAUGCACAUGGUUAUAAAGUCUGCAAAUACGCUUUCAAGCGGCUUCCUGAUCAACCUCCGAUUCCCGAACGAUCCGAGGAAGACCAGGAGGAAGAUGAAGGCCAGGACCCCGACGCAGGUGCAUCAUCCGUCAAGUCGUCGCCUCCACCGUCGAGCGCCGCAGAUGAAGAACCAGAGAAGGACGAGGAAUGA